CCAAUUACCCGGUUACCAGUAACCAGAGCAUUUCUACAAAGAAGGGACAGUUUUUACUUUAAUCAACUGUAAGUCAAUUUCUGAUCCCUCAUUUUUUUUGAGUAAGCUGUUACUUUUUUUUAAUAUUCAUCGUCAAGUAUACUUUUAUUUUUUGACCAUUCUCAAAUAAAUUAGUGGUUCACUUUGUUAUAUCCUGAUUGCUUGUUCGCUUCCAUCAUGGCAAUGUCCCAGUUGGAGCAUUCCAUAGCUUCAUCUUCAUUAGCUCUCUCAUCUACAACUAUAUCAACCUCAACCGUUACUACAACUUCUGCGACAACCAGCAACUCAACUAUCACUCUUAUUAAUCCCGCUUCAUCUUCAUCAGCUCUUUCAUCUACAACUACAUCAACUCCAACUGUUACUACAACUUCUACGACCACCAGUAACUCAGGUAUCACUCUUACUAACACCGCUCCAUCUUCAUUAACUCUUUCUUCUACAAUUUCAUCAACCACAACUGUUACUACAACUCCUGCGACUACUAGUAGCUCAACUAUCACUCUCAUUAAUCCCGCUCCUUCUACAUUAGCUCUUUCAUCUACAACUACAUCAACCCCAACUGUUACUACAACUUCUGCGACUACCAGCAAUUCAGAUAUCACCAUUACUAAUACCACUUCAUCUUCUACAACUACAGGAGCCACAACAAAUUCAACACCGAGUACAAAUUCAUCUAGUACAGCACCUAGUGCAGCCAGUAACGCAAAUACUAAUGUUAACCCUGCAAUUACCGGUACUGGAAACAAAUUAUAUUUGAUUAAUACACCUAAAUUUGAUUCGAUCAAAAUAAUAGAAUGGAAAGAUGGUAUUGGUACUCUACCUGGAAGUAAAUUAAAAUUCAAAGUUAAUGAAUAUGGUACUUUAGAAAUGCUCUACGAUGAUGAGCAUAUAAAAGUUGCCGAUAAGCCAGUUCCAAAACCUAUUGAAUCUGUUAAAGCUCCAACGGAAAGCAGCAAUGGAACAAGUACCAGUACCAAUAAUACCAAUAGUACCAAUAAUAACAAUACUACCAAUAAUACCAAUAAUACAAAUAAUGAUAGUAAGAAUAAUAACAAUAAUAGUAGCAAUAAUAGUUUGUCUAUUACUCUAUUAGCGGAAUGCGUCAAUUGUGGAAUCAAAGGAGUCAAGUCUAACUUUAUACGAAAUGGACGUUUUUGUAGUCAAUCGUGCGCAACUAUGCAAUCGACGGCUUUGAAAAUCUUCAGCAAAUUAUCAACUAUAUCAGGUAACAAUAACUCCGGCAACAACAGUAACGACAAUAAUACCUCUAACAGCAAUAGCAAUGUCGCUAAACCUGACUUUGUUAAGAAAAAAAUUCUCUACAAGGGAGGAAGAAUGUAUGUUGAUAUCUUGUCAGACAAAGUGCGCGUUCGCCAACCAUUUUUAAUGCGAACUGAUCGAUCAGAUAUUGUCCUUAGUGCCAGGUCUGAAACACCUGACGGUUUGGACCUGCUUGAUGCAAAUGAAGAGAUUGAAAAUAUUGAUUCCUUCACAGGUAUCAAUGUACCCCAUAAAAAGUUUAAUUGGAAAGAGUAUUUGGAGGAAACAAAAACAUUUUGCGCUCCAGUUAGAUGUUUCAAAGAGAAUCAAACAUUUCCAAGUGUCAAAAAUGGUUUCAAAGUUGGAAUGAAACUAGAAGGGAUCGAUCCUCACAAUCCUGCUUUAUAUUGUGUGCUUACUGUGGCUGAAGUUGUUGGUUUUCGACUCCGUCUUCAUUUUGAUGGUUACCCUGACAUCUACGAUUUCUGGGUAAACGCUGACUCCCCGUUCAUAUUUCCUGUUGGUUGGUGUCAAAAAACAGGACGAAAAUUAGAGUCACCCAAAGAGUUUUUUGGCUCUUUCAAUUGGGCCAACUAUUUACAAGUUCAUAAAUCUCAGGCAGCGCCAAAUUACCUUUUUUCAUGUGUAAAGUCAAGUUAUACAUUAAGUCAAUUUCGAGUUGGCAUGAAAUUGGAAGCCGUUGAUAAAGCAAACACUUCUCUUGUAUGUGUAGCCACUGUGGCUGAUAUUUUGGAUAAUUAUAUUUUAGUUCAUUUUGAUGGCUGGGAUGACAGCUAUGAUUAUUGGAUCUCAAUGACAUCACCUUACAUCCAUCCCUACGAUUGGUGUCUUGAAAGGGGUAAACCUCUUACACCUCCAAAAGAUUAUCCUUUGAAAUCGAAUGAAAAAUUCAAAUGGGCUGAUUACCUAAAGGAGACUAAAGCUACAGCUGUCCCUGCUAAAGCUUUUCGAUUACGAUCGAGCAAUAGUUUUCGGGCUGGCAUGAAAUGUGAAGUUGUCGACAAAAGGUAUCCAAGGCUUAUCCGUGUAGCCACUAUUGUUGAUAGGCGACAUCAUACUGUAAAAAUUCAUUUUGACGGUUGGGAUGAAAAAUAUGAUUUCUGGUUAGACGAUGACUCUCCUGAUAUUCAUCCCGUCAAUUGGUGUGCUAAAACUAAUCAUCCCUUACAACCACCACCAAGCUAUUUCCGUAAAAAUACUGAGAUACCCAAUUGCCCAACGCCCGGGUGCUCUGGUUUUGGUAGCAUUAAGUCAGCUCGAUUUACACUCCAUAAUACUUCCGCCAAUUGUCCAUAUUCUGAUGAAAAUAUGGAAAGAGAAUUACCUGAUCGUUUUGGACGUGACUUUUCGGAUGAUGAAAUACAUCCUAAAAGUCCACCAGGGGAAGAAAACAGCUGUCCACCCAGUCCGACCUCAUUUUCUGAUAUGAGGCGUAAAAGAAAACGUAAGCGUGAAAACUCGGGCUCAUCAGCAUCUGAUUCUGUGAAACUUUCAAGACCUUCAACUCCAUCUUCUUCGCUUUUCCAACACAACAAACAUAAUUAUUCAGCAACAAUAUCCACUCUCCACCAAGCCAUAUAUUCUUUACGAAUGAAUCAAAAUCAGUCUAACGAAGCGCCAUUAGCUUGGGAGAAACACUCCAAAAAUUUACUCAGCUUUGCUGAUAAAGUGAACGCUAGUGAAGUGCUUCAAUGGGGUCCAGAUAAAGUUGCUCAAUUUGUUUCAACUAUUCCAGGUUGUCAAGAUUUUGGUCGGUGUUUCGAAGAUGAGAUGAUCGAUGGUGAAGCAUUUUUACUCCUCAAUCAAACUGAUCUGGUCACUCAUCUUGGUAUUAAAUUAGGACCUGCUGUCAAAAUCUAUAAUAGUAUUCUGGUUAUUCGUGAUAAUAUAGAAGCUUAACCGACACAUAUUAUCGAACUUUUUUCCUACUCAUCAUCAGACAGAAAAAAGUUUUAUCUGUAAAACAAAUUUCUGGAUGCAGAAUUAAUGAAGUACCACUGAUUCAACGUUUGACUGUCCAUCUAUUCCAUCAAAGUUAAACAAUGUUGGAAAAAAGAAUAAUUUUAAAUGGAAUCAUGAAAUUCUUUUUUUUCUGUUUUCAGGGACUUAAAACAUAAGACGACCGCUUUUUUGUUUUUUCUUCGUCAUUGAUCAAUUCGGUAGAUUGCAAACGGUACUGUUUUCAUGAAAGUCCAUAAAAAUCUUCUAAUUUAUAACACAAAUUGCUUGUUUUAAUUAAACAACCGAACCAUUUGCGAGCUGUA